AUGAUCCGAUCCGCCUCGUCCGCGUCCUCCUCCGCAUCAGCGAUCCCAAUGCUGCACUCAACGUCCGCGAACGGCAUCCCCGGGACCCAGUCCGCAAUGCCGACGCCCAUCACGACGCCGACAGCGACGACACCGACGGUGCUUGAAGAGGCGGACAUGCAGGACGACGACGAGGCGGAGGAGAUGGUGGUCGAGGAGGCGGCGCCAAGAAGGGGGAGGAAGCCGCGAGCGAGGGCUGUGGAGGAAGAUGAAGACGCCGCCGCCGACGACGAUGAGGAUCAAGACGCCGCCGCAGGCGAAGCACCACAGCGCAGGCCCGCAGCAAAGCGUAAAGCGCGCACCACCGCCAACGGCGAACCAGCAGCAAAGCGCAAGCCCGCGCAGCCGCGCAAGAAGCGCACCCCCGCCGCUGACGGCAGCGCAGAAGCGGCGGGAGGGGCGGGAGGGGUAGGGGCGGCGGCGCCCAAGAAGCGGGGGAGGCGGCGCGCCGAGUCGCCGGAGGACGGGGAGGCGCAGGAGAUUGCGGUGAAUGUUGUCAAGAUGAAGGACCUGUGCAAGGACAUGCGCAUCGGGCGCAAGAGCGCGCGGUUCAUGGAGAUCCAGGCGGAGGAGGCGGCGCGCGCGGCGCUGACGCAGCAGGAGCGGGAGGAGGCGGAUGAGGCGCGCAGGGCCGCCGAGGAGGAGAGGGGGCUGGAGACGACGGAGAUGAGGAUUGAGAGGUUGGCGGUGGAGAGGAACCAGAAGGGCCUCAACGCCGCCCAAGUCCGCAUCGUCAACGGCGAAAUCGUGAUCGACGACGAAUCGCUGCAAAUCGACCGUCGCGAGCGCGACGCCCUCGACGAGGACGCGCUCGAGAUUGUCGAGGAGAACCAGCACACGCGGCGCAUCACCUCGCAGACCUUCUCCAAGCGCGAAAAGGUGUCCAAGUGGGACGCCGAGCAGACGGGCCGCUUCUACGAGGCGCUGUCCAUGUUUGGCACGGACUUUGAGAUCAUCUCGAAAAUGUUCCCGGGGAGGAGUAGAAGGCAGAUGAGGAAUAAGUAUCUGUGCGAGGAGAGGAAGAAUCCGCAUCGGAUUACGAAUGCGCUGAGGACGAGGAUUGCGAUUGAUAUCGGCCAAUACAGCACCCUCACCUCGCAAGAGUUCCAGGACCCGCAGGAGCUCGAAGACGAGCUGCAAAAGCUGCGCGACGAGCACGAGGCCAGCGAGACCGCGGCGGCAUCGCACAUUGUCGAGGCGGAGCGGGAGCGGCAGGAGGCUGCCAACGCGGCCAUGAUUGCGGGCGACAGCGGGAUUGGCGUGGGUGUGGGAGAGGCGCAGAAGAAGGGGAGGAAGAAGAAGGGUGCGCGUGCAGGCGCGGGGGAGGAGGAGGUGCUCAUGAGUAGGGAGGAGUAUGAGGCGAUGAGGGCGAGGGAGGCGGCGGAGGCGGAGGAGUUGUGA